CAGCUUUUUAUAGCCAAGUCUAUUUCUUCAAAGCAGAACAAUGUAAUAAUGUAUGACCAUUUUAAGUUGCCUGUGAGCAUGUUAAAAAUAUAUCAGAUAAUGACCAUCUUAUGUUAGAUGAUUAGUAAUACUAAGUAUUUCUACUAAGUUAUUUCAGAAGUGUGUACCCAUCUUUCGGGUCAUACAGUGCCCAUGAAGAAGCUCACAGUUGACCUGUGCUCUAGAUAUUUCUAAAAUGUAUCGUACUGGAUUACAGAGCUUAAAUGUCUUACAGCUAAAUUGAAAAAGAAAAGCCCCUAAUAUAAGGAUAUAAUACACCAUCCCAUGACUCGGUGGCAAAUUAGUCUUUCUCUCCGAUGUCUUUUGUUACACUUGACUCACUUUUAACUAGUACUGCAUGUUUUGAAAUGCAUACUGUCUUCCAGAGUCACAGAACAGAAAUUUUACAUUGUCUUGUGAGAAGUGAAAUCAUACGUCCACUUCUCUUAUCACUGUGGGAAUUUUUCAAAAGUGCCCAUGUUCAUUUCUUUCACACCAUUUUUUUUGCUGAGUGGUGUUGACUAUUUUCACAUCAGCACAGGGUGUUAACCUCUGUCCAAGCUCGUACUUUUUCAUUUUACUGAUCGUAUUUAGAUUAUUUGUGGUUUACUUCUCUGUCCAGUGUUAAGCUUUUAGAAUUUGGAAAUCUUCUCAUCACUGCAUGGUUUUUAAGUUGCAUCCUGGUGUUCUUCCUCAGACCUUCAAGACACAUUCUAUGAGAAGCUUUUGCCUUUUGACUGUCAAUCUGUAUCCCAAAAGGGCCAUGUGGGUGAAGUUUUUUGUCCCAUCCAAACAAGUGGCAACUGACUGAAAAUCAAGUGAUGAAACAAUUUAGACACCCGGUUUUGAACUGUGUGAUCCCAAUUGGUUGGACUGAAAGCCUGCACCCACACAACCCUUUUGGGAUUCAUUUUGACACCAGUGCAUUACAACAUUUCAUUAAAUGGAACAUCACAAUAACAAUACAUGUCUGGGACUUUAACUUUUGUCACUUUCAAUGAGUAAUUUUGAACCUAGUAAGUGCAGACUUACAAAGCAAAGCAAAGCAAAAGGGCUGUCCACGUACUGAAACCAGAAAGAGAGUUCUUUCCAACCCGCUGUCCCUGAGACAUUGAGUCAUCAGAAACCUACUUCAUUUGCUCCUGAGGUCUUGGUGCCUUUGAGGAAAAGAGGAUCAUCAGUUGAGGAAGUUCAUCAUCUAAAGAUAACCACAUACUGGAGUGAACACACAUGGGCAAGGUGAAAAUGCGAUAAAUACAACAUUCUUGCCUGAGGAACAUUUGGGUUUCGUAAUGACAAGCAGCUGUGCAGAAGAUGUCCUCGCUGUCAGUGACUGAUAUUCCAGAUGUUGGUCAUGAUGAAAGUAAGGUUUUUGUGGGCACUUCUGAGCUGCAGGUGGACUGCUUGGUUGAGGACAGAGGUCUGGUCGUCUCAAUGAAGCAAGAAAGCAUACAGUCGCUGGCUGACCUCCCGCAGUCCAGUGACGUUUCAGCCGGCCCUCAGAAUGGUCCCUCACUCACCAAGUUGAGCAGCCCUCCUUCUCUGGAGGCAGACAACAUUAAGCAUGAUCCUGCAUUCAGUGACACACCUGCCAGCACAGAUGGCCAGCCAGUGAAGAGAAAAAAGGGGCCUGCCCCAAAGAUGUUGGGAAAUGAGGUGUGCAGUGUGUGUGGUGACAAGGCGUCAGGGUUUCACUACAACGUCUUAAGCUGUGAGGGCUGCAAGGGUUUCUUUCGGCGUAGCGUAAUCAAAAGUGCUCAGUAUUCAUGCAAGAACAAUGGGCACUGUGAAAUGGACAUGUAUAUGCGUCGCAAGUGCCAGCAGUGUCGUCUACGCAAAUGCAGGGAGGCAGGAAUGCUGGAGCAAUGUGUGCUCUCAGAAGAGCAAAUCCGGGUGAAAAAAAUGAAAAAGCAGGAGGAAGAAACUGCCCGCACAUCCACUGUGGUCACUCCAACCCCUCCUCCAGAAGCAGCUGCGCUGGAUCCUCAACAGCAGGAGAUGAUUGAGAAACUGGUUGCCAUGCAGAAACAAUGCAACAAAAGAUCCUUUUUAGACCGGCCAAAAGUUACACCAUGGCCGCAGAACCAGGACCUCCAGAACAGAGAAGUGCGACAGCAGCGCUUUGCCCACUUCACUGAGCUUGCCAUCAUGUCAGUUCAAGAGAUCGUGGAUUUUGCAAAGCAACUGCCUGGUUUCCUCGAGCUCACCAGGGAGGACCAGAUCGCUCUGUUGAAGACAUCAACCAUAGAAAUCAUGCUACUUGAGACAUCUCGGAGAUACAACCCUUCAAUAGAUAGUAUAACAUUUUUGAAGGAUUUUAGCUAUAACAAGGAUGAUUUUGCUAAAGCAGGGCUGCAGUUUGAAUUUAUAAACCCUAUUUUUGAGUUUUCCAAAGGAAUGAAUGAUUUGCAACUGGAUGAGGCUGAAUACGCCUUGCUCAUUGCGAUCAAUAUAUUCUCCGCAGAUCGGCCGAACGUUCAGGAUCACGAUCUCGUGGAAAGACUUCAACAGCCGUAUGUGGAUGCUCUGCGCUCUUACAUCAUGAUAAAAAGACCAAAUGACCACUUGAUGUUUCCUCGGAUGCUGAUGAAGCUGGUGAGUCUUCGUACUCUCAGCAGCGUCCACUCAGAGCAGGUCUUCGCUCUGCGCCUGCAGGACAAGAAGCUUCCGCCGCUGCUUUCAGAGAUCUGGGACGUCAAUGAGUGACUGCAGUCAUUAUGUUUCUCUCUUUUUUGAGACAAAAUAGCAUUUACUUCCUGAAUUGGUUUCAGUAUGGAUUGGUUUUAUGGAAGAACCUCAUUGUGCUUUUGUUUUCCAUCAGACUUUUUCAUUUUUAUGCGUUCAAGCAGGUGAGGAUGAAUUAAUUCAGACGUCUAGCUCCUGUUUAGUUUUUGUUGAUGGUUAAUUUCUAGUGCACCUUUUAACACUUCAAAAGCUCUGAGCAGGUCUUAGUUGUGUCAAACAACCGCUGCACGUACUAGUACAAUUAUCGUAUCUGUUUUGAAAUGACAUUGAGUAGACCGUCGGACUGGAACAGAUCUGCCAUUCAUCGUUAUGAUAAAUGGUAGUCACUUGGUUGCAUUUGUUGAUCAUAAUAUUUUAACUUAAUGUUUGUUUAUUUUGCAGUAAGGACUGUAAUUGGUUUUGUUGUAGCUGCUCAUGUGAACUGAUGUGUGAAGCCAACCUCUGGGGAAUCAGAGGCUUCGUUCAUUUUUUUUUUUUAUUAGAUGACUUAAUUCUUUUUCCAAGUGCAUAAGGGACCCUUUUGGUCAUUUAUAGAUGCCCACAAAGAUUUAUGUAAAUUGUAUAUUUAUUUUCAAAUAUAUAAGUGCACAACGAUCCAGACGAUUGUACAACGCAAAAAGGUCAUAUCCUAACAAAGUGAGUGGUAGUUUGUACUGGUGUGAUCAUUGACAGAAAUUGCUGUUGUUACUUAGCAGAAAACUUAGACCAGCUUUCUUGAAAUGUAUGGCAUUGAUGAAUCCAUGUAAACAAGAAAUGCUCUGUUCAAAUAAUUAAAUUCUCAAAUGUGAUGGUCCUUUCAAAUUAUUAAACACU